UUACGUUAAAGUUUAAGUAUAACAAAUAUUUUUAAGAAUAAUAAUGUGACAUAUGCAUAUUUGUGCUUUUUGCAAACUCAAAUUAUUACUGAUUUUUGGGUGACCUCUGAGCAUUUUAUACCUUUUUUUAUGCUCUAUAGUUGUCAGAUUUGCUGCUUGAAUUAGCAUGUGUCGUAAAUAACAUUUGUCUCAUUUACUGUGAGAAAAGUCCCAGGGCAUUAAGCAUCAGUCUGCUGCACAAAUAUGCACUAACAUGUCUGACAGUUUCCUGAGCAGACUGCAGUAUUCUUUAUAUUCUUGCCUCAGUGACAUUAAAACAGGGUCACCUUGCAUCUCCAAUCAGGAGCCAGGAACAAGAUAUAAUUCAAAUGAAUGGUUAUCUAGAUGCAUUAAAAGAGAAUUUACCUUUUGGGUUCCCCCUAUUCAUAAUAUCAAACAAGAGCGGAAGUCCAUUCAAAAAUGUGCGAGGCUUCCGGUGUCAAUUCGCUCAGUAUUUUUUUUAUUUUAAGGUAUUGUCGUAAUUAUAAACACACCGAUUUCUAGAGUAAAUAGUUUUACCGUUUACUACAUUUAGUUACUACUAAUUAACCUAUACAUCGGCUAAUCGGAAGUCUCGCGCAUUAACAGAAAAUAGCUUCCGCGCUGAAAAAUACGUUUAUAGUGUAACACAGCGGGGCAUGUUGUCACAAACGAAACGCAUGCCCGAUGAGCCGUAUUUUAUUUCCCGGGCAAUAACGUAAAUGAAAGAGCUAGAUUUUUAAUUGCAACGAGAUUUAGGUUAGUGCCCAUGCGAUUAAAAAAGGAUUUACCGAAAAUAUUAAAGUAAAAAAAAAAAAAAAACCGCUGUAAAAUAUGUAAAGUAAGAAAGAAGCGCUCUCGGAUGCCCCACGAGGCGCUUGAAAUCUCUCAACUCACGCGCGAGCUGAUGGAUGAGAGAGAUGCGUGAUCUCAUCAUAUAUUCAGUGCGUUCUCUCGAGACCGCCGGAGCCCUCACGAGUAGCGGGUGUUACUUACAGAACGCCCACCUACACCACAUUUUUUUGACUUUUGCCUUCGAACACGGCAGACGCGAGAUGCUGGCUGGAAAAGGAUGCUUUCUUUGGCAGUAUCGGUGUUAAAACAGCUGCUUGCGUUCUCAGCUGUGGAUGCAGCCGAUGAUCGUGUUGUAGCACCGACCGCUGCGAGAAAUGUUUCACGUUCGCGCUGUGAGUCAUGUUUCUCUUCCGUGAGCGCUCUUAUUAGCAGUUUUGAUCUGUGAUUAAAGAUGCCGAGGUUUCAGCAUUUAAACAGCACUAGUAUGCCGAAUCACAAUUAUGAAUGGAGCUACGAAUACUACGACGACGAAGAACCCGUGUCUUUUGAGGGACUCAAAGCGCAUCGAUAUUCCAUUGUGAUCGGCUUUUGGGUGGGUCUUGCGGUUUUUGUCAUUUUUAUGUUUUUUGUUUUGACUCUUCUGACCAAAACAGGAGCACCACACCCUGAGGCCGCUGAGCCUUAUGAGAAACGAAUGCGUCUCACAAGCUGCGGCGAGGGUCUGGGCCGCCAACACGAGGCAGACACCAGAAUGAGUCUCUCUCGGCCACUGCUGGAAGAGUCCCGCUCUUUUUUUCACUGUUACAUAAACGAAGAAGAGCGAGAAGGAGGCAGGGCCACGGCUGGUGCCGCCCAUGGACGUACCGGCAGCGGAGACUCCAGAGACCAAGUUGAAACGGUCGGCCUAGUCGUGCAAAGCAUGGUCAUGGACACCCGGGCAGAACGAGAGGCGGCACUGUUGGUGCAUUUUAACAUCCCCAACUUCGUGAACUCAGAACUGAACUCUGCGUUGGGGGAAGAUGAAGAUUUACUACUAGGCGAUCCUCCGAUCAUAAUGGACGAGGCCCGUCCGCGCUGUACCCAUCAUAUCAUCGACUAACCCACCAGUUCAAAGAUGGACUUUUUCACUCAUUACGGCUCCAUUAUUGUCUUCAGCUCAGCCUGUGACCUUUAAUAGUAAAGAGUGAUGGUGUUUCGCUUCAAAAGUUCUGCUUUUGCAGCGCACGCUUCAAGGCUGAGCUAUUUUCUGACAUCUGGGGUCUACAGUGACUCAUGAUGUCAGUCCGCAAGAUCAAAAAAAGAUGGAAUUGCACGACUGGGAUUUGGCGAAUGUGUUCUUGACAGCAGCAACAGCAUGCUAAAAGACUGUUGGAAGAAAAUGGCAGAUAUUAAAAAAAAAAAAAAGAAAUAAUUGACAACAAUGCUGUUUCUGGUCGUAGGAAGAGAUUCCGUAAAAUGCAAUGCCUUAUUGGUUCAUACUAUCAGCAUGAUUUAAAAAAAAAUCUCUUGAUGUGCAGCAGGAAGAUGCUUUAUGCAGCAUUGUACCUAUGUAGCCUAAUGGCAAAAUUACUGAAAAUUGUCUGAUUCUCUGGACUUGUUCUGUGAGCAAAUGCUUGAGUAGAAAAUAGCUCGCUGUCUGCACCUGUCGACUAAAUCAGUGGCUUUCUGCAGAAUAUCUACAGAAUACUUGCAUACUAGCUCUCGGUAUUUGUCUGAAUACAGUUGUCUGAGCUGCUGAAGCAA